AUGACGCCAAGAUUAGGUGGUAGGCUGUUUCAACAGUACGUUGUGGACGCUUUUUCGUCUAUUGAACAAACCCGUUUAUGGUGGUUUCGUAAGAAUCAAACAAUCUUGCGAAACGAGCUCUAUAGCCAUAUCUGUGAUUCUGUUCGUAGUAGAGAGUUGUCCUCGGCUAAUGUUGGCAAAGGUGUGAUAUUGCCAGCUGGCUAUGUCGGCUCUAAACGCUACAUGCAAGAGAACUUUCAAGACGCCUUAGCUGUUUGUCGUCAGGUUGGUCAUCCCGACAUUUUUCUAACCAUGACGACAAAUCUUUUGUGGGAUGAAAUUCAGAAAAUGAUGGCUUUUCUUCCCGGCUGUAAGUCUGAGAAUUCUCUAGAUAUAAUUUCAAGAGUAUUUCGUUUAAAACUUGAUCAGCUGACAGCAGACAUAAAGAAGAAAGCAUAUUUUGGUGUUUGCGUUGGAGUGAUGUAUGUUGUAGAGUUUCAAAAGCGGGGUCUUCCACACGUCCAUAUGCUCAUAUGGCUUGAUAGUAAAUCAAAGAUUUAUCUUAAGAAUAAUACAGACCAAUUUGUUUCUGCUGAGAUCCCUGAUCCUGUGGAAGAUCCUGUUGGAUAUGCUGUCGUGAAAGCUUUCAUGAUUCAUGGUCCCUGUGGAUUGCAAAACACCAACUCACCUUGCAUGAAAGGUCUAAAAUGUAUUAGACAUUUUCCCAAAAAGUACUCUGCACGCACAAUGUUUGAUGAAAGUGGCUUUCCCAUAUAUAGAAGAAGACGCCAGGAUAUAACUGUUAAAGUUAGAAAUUCGGAGUUGGACAACCAAUGGGUAAUUCCUUAUAAUCGCGAUUUAUUGGUCAAGUACCAAUGUCAUAUGAACAUCGAGAUUUGUUGCCAUGCUCGGAGUUUGAAAUAUCUUUUUAAGUACUGUUUAAAGGGCCACGAUACUGCCACUGUUCAUGUUAUUGGCCGUAAGAAAAGGACAUCAAACAAAAAUCCUGGUGAGCCUAUAGAUGAAAUAGAUGCCUAUUUUGAUGGUCGGUACAUAUGUGGCGCAGAGUCGGCUUAUAGGAUUUUUGGGUUUCCUAUACACCAUCGUACUAUAUCUGUUGAGCGCUUACCAUUCCACUUGCCAGUACAGAAGAAUUGCACAUUUCGCUCUAAUAAGCCAUUAGAUAAAGUUGCCGAACGGGAGAAGGACAGAAUGAGCAAGUUGGAAGCUUUUUUUCAUUUGUGUGCCAACAAUGUAUCUGCUCGGCAAUACACAUACCAGGAAGUACCUGAGCAUUUUGUUUGGGAUGAUGGCCAAAGAGAAUGGAGAGGUAGGAAAAGAGGGUACCAAAUUGGAAGACUUUCUUACACACAUCACAGUAGCGGUGAAGUGUGGUUUAUGAGGUUGUUGCUGACUAAAGUUAAAGGACCAACUUCUUUUUCCGCUCUAAGGACUGUUAAUGGUGUUUGCUAUGACACUUUUCGUGAUGCUUGCAAAGAAUAUGGUUUGCUUGAUGACGACAAAGAGUGGCAUGAAGUUCUGGACCAGUGUUCUUCUGGAGGCUUACCUCCUCAAAUUCGACAACUCUUUGUUCACAUAAUCGUUAACUGCAAGGUGACAGAUUUGUCUUUAUUGUGGAGUAAGCACUGGCAGCAGAUGGUGGAUGAUAUUGUUUUGAAGAGGAGGCGGUUAAACAAGGAUGACAGCCUAAUGCUUGAUGACCAACAACUGCAAUACUAUGCUCUUGCAGAAAUUGAUAAUCUGCUAAGAUCUAUUGGGAAAUCUUUGAAGAAUUAUUCUCAACUUCCCCAACCACCAGAAAACUAUCUCAAUCAUGGAACCAAUAACUUGAUUUUGGAAGAAACCAACUACAAUACAAUAGAAAUGGAAGCUGAGUACAAAAAGUUGGAGGCAACAAUGAAUGACGAACAACUGAAUGUCUAUAAUUCAAUCUUAGACUCUGUUGGGAAGAAUAAAGUUGCCUCUUCUGGGAUUGCUGCAACGCUCAUGCCCGGAGGUCGAACUGCUCAUUCGAGAUUCAAAAUCCCUAUUGUGCUUGAUGAAUUUUCAGUCUGUGGUAUAGGGAAUAAAUCAGACAUUGCAGAACUUAUUAGGCAUACGAAGUUGAUUAUUCGGGAUGAAGCUCCAAUGCAACAUAGGUUUGCAUUUGAAUGUUUAGAUCGUUCUCUCCAGGAUAUAAUGAGGUCUUCAGAUGAGUCGCAGUCUAAUCUACCAUUUGGAGGAAUCACAGUUGUUCUUGGAGGCGAUUUUCGCCAAAUCCUCCCAGUCAUACCUCAUGCAAACAGGGCUGUUAUUUUGGAAGCAUGUAUAACAAGAUCACGUCUUUGGAAUAUAUGUAAGAUUUUUAUAUUAAAAAAGAACAUGAGGCUGAACAAAGGUACGUCUCCUUCUGAAAUUGAAGAGUUGAAUAAAUUUGCCAAAUGGGUGCUUGCUGUAGGCGAUGGGAAGGUAGAAAACCAUCAAACUGGAGAGAAUUUGGUUGAGGAUGAAAUAGAAGUUCCACUCCAAUUUUGUGAUUUGGAGAAUGAUAACUCAGUAGAAAACAUGAUUACAAACAUUUAUCCAGAUUUUGUUAAGAAUGCCAAGGAUCCAAAGUACCUCAGUCAGCGAGCUAUUCUUACACCAACUAACCAAACAGUUGGUCACCUAAACUCUCUUAUUGUAGAGAUGAUCCCUGGUGAAUCAACAACUUAUUACAGCGUAGAUAGUGCUGAGGACUUUGGAGGCACUGAUGAAGAUUUACAUUCUGCCUUCCCUAUUGAAUAUCUCAAUUCUCUCAACAUACCCGGUUUGCCUGCUCAUGAUUUGAAGUUGAAACCCGGUGUUGUUGUUUUGCUCAUGCGAAAUCUCAAUCAAACACUUGGUCUCUGCAAUGGCAGAAUGAUUGUGACCAAGUGUUUGAAAUUUUGUGUUGAGUGUGAGGUCAUUUGUGGAUCUUUUAUUGGCACACGACAUUUUAUUCCACGAAUGGAAUUAUGUCCCAGUGACUCUGCACUGCCAUUUAAACUGGUAAGGAAACAAAUGCCCCUUCAAAUUUGCUACGCGAUGACAAUAAAUAAAUCUCAGGGACAAUCUUUGCAGACAGUUGGCCUUUUCCUACCGAAGCCUGUAUUUACGCACGGCCAGUUCUAUGUUGCAAUUAGUCGUGUCACCUCUCCUGCAGGUUUGAAGGUGUUUAUUGACGAUGAUCGUGGAUUUCCAACAAACAUUACGAAGAAUGUUGUUUACAAGGAAGUUUUCUACGCUCUGCCUAGGUAG